GGAGAGGAAGACGGGACGAGACCAGAAAGGGCGGCGCGGCUUGAGGGAGGAGGAGAUGGGGCUCUAUGCCAGCCGCAGGAUGCGGAUCCGUCGGCUAUCGUUCUUUGUUGUUGGGUGUGAGCAAGGAACCAAGUCGCGAAGGUGAGCGGGUCCCAUAUCGCAGCCGGCGCGGGGGUCCCAUUUGACCGAGAGAUUUCUCCGUCAGAGGAAGCAGAGGAGGAGGAGACCAGGGAGGGAGAUAGCGCGAGAUGGGGGAGGCAUCGCCGGAGCCCGGCGGCGCGGCGGCCGGAGGAGCGGCGGGUCCGGCGCCGCCGCGAAAGGGGAAGUCGUGCAAGGGCUGCCUCUACUACUCGUCGGUGCUCAAGUCCCGGGGCUACAACCCCAUCUGCGUCGGGAUCCCCCGGUCCAUCCCCCAAGUUCCGAGCUACGUUGUGGAUGAACCUAAGGAGGAGGCGAUGGCGCAGGGGCAUGAUCUGAGGCAGUUCAGGUACGGGUGCGCGGGAUACUCCAUGUUCGUGGACAACAGGGACGGUCAGGGUGGUGAGAGCGAGGGCAAGACAUUGUUGCCGUAUUGCCGGGGAAUUGAGCUAUUGGUGGAUAGCAGAUUGGUUGAAAGAAAAUCGUCGACUGCUGAACAAGCUCCAACAUAUGUUUCGAAGGAUGAUGCCACCCGCUCUCACAAACAGGGACAACAGAGACCUGGGGAUUUGGCCAGACAGGAAUUCUUGGGAAGGUUUAAGAGGAGUGCUGGACUGGUCGCUUCAGGUGUUGCCAAGAAUCUAAACAAAACGGCCAAUUAUAUCAAGGAAUAUAUCGAGGACAUAGUCUACCCUGACCGUCGACCACCGAAAUAGGAGCUGUGCUGUGAGCUCAUCUACGUUCAGGUUGAGAGCCGAAGAAAAUGCUUCCUGCUGGAAACAAAAAAGCCUACCUGACCGUUCAUUCAUAAUGCUACCGUCCCAGUAAGAAGCAGCUCCGGUUAUUGAACAACAUGGAACCUUUCUGGGAUGUACUAAAUUUCACGACUUUGUAAUUUAUGGCCACAUACAAGCCCAAUGAUGUACAUGCUAAUGACUUGCUGCAUGGUUGAAGCAAGAAUCCGAUCUGGUCGAUGUUUUGCUGAAUAACGUCAAUCCAUCACUGAAGAAUUCAAAGGUGCAAGAAAAUUCUC